UAUUUGUUGUGGUCAUAUUUUGUUUUGUUGAUGCACUUCUGAUCUAGAAUGCUUGCUAGGGUAGCAGAGGCGCGGUUGGGUUUGCUAAUCGCUAUUCUGAUGCUGAUUCCAGGACUGCCAAAGAUGGACAGUAUGUAAAGGUUACAGGGGUAUGUAUAAUGCCAACAAAAUUGUUUGAUCUAUUCUUAUCUUUUUACUUGAAUCAGUUCACUUGUGGUGCUCUUUAUUCAUCCUAUAUGUUUAUUUUAUUUCACUAUUGGUAAAUAACACUGCCCUGACAUGUUGAUUAUUAAAGUUUUCAUUUGCUCAACAUGAGCAACGUGUUCUGCAUCAGUCCUCUUAAAAUCCUUUCAUGUUUUCUCUGUCACAUAGUUUACCUUUUAUUCUCUUCAGGAGCGCAAAAUUUGUCCAGGAUCGAUGAGGCAAAGGGGAUCAUUGAUAAGAUGAAGGUUAAGUUCCCAGAUAAAAUUGAGGGAUGGAAGGAGGUGAAGGAAGUGGGCGAGCUAAGGGGCGCGCGAGAGGACGUCAGGUAGAUGCUCAAGGCCACCUCCUGCCAUCCCAUCUUGGUAUGGUAGUUCUUUCUGCUCAUGCCGAGGCUCCCUACGGUUGGAGCGUGCAAGUGAUUCUACUGUGUGAUGUUGUUUAUUCAUCGUUUCAUCUAGCCACCCAGGGUUUAUGCAUCUCUACAAAGUGUCUCAUGUCUCGUGCAAUUGAUGAACUAAUACUCCGCAAUCUUUUGUAUUGGGUAAUUUAGGAACUUGUAUAAUUUAGUUGGUCGUUUGUUUACUCAGCUGACCACACAUCAGUUUAUGCAACAAAAAUAGGUUUGGGAAAUGUGUUAGUGCCCCAGCUGCACUAUUUCUCUUUGUUUAUGCUAAAUCAAUUUAGGGCCUUUUGCUUUACUAUUCUCCUCUUUAUGAUCCAGCAUCAGCCACUAUUUUAUUGGAACUUUCUGCAGACUUCAAAACAAGGAGGCUUCCCCAAUAUUCAGUCUACGCAACAUGUUCCCAGUACAAGCAUUUCAUCGGGUCUUCCUCUCCCACAACAAUUGCCUGUAUACUCUCAGCCAACUCUGCCCCUUGGGCCUUUUACCAGCCUGGUUGGCUAUCCAUAUUUGCCUCAGAACUAUUACUUACCUUCAUCGCCAUUCCAGCAAGCGUACUCAAGUAAUGGGCCUUUCCAUCAAUCUGCUGCUCCUGCCAUGCCUGGAGCUGGUAUGAAGUAUCCGAUGCCACAAUACAAGAGCAGCCCUCCUGCUUCGACCCUACCACAACCAUCAUCACUCUCUGGUUACGGAGGGUUCGGAAGUGCAAAUAAUAUCCCUAGAAAUUUCAGCCAAAAUCAGGGUGCUGCCGCUGCACCCACAACUUUGGGAUUCGAUGAAGCUUUAGGCACACAAUUCAAACACCCCAAUCAUUAUGCAGCACUACAGCAGAGUGAUAAUUCAGCAAUGUGGCUUCAUGGAGGCGCUGGUUCAAGAACAAUUUCUGCAGUUCCGCCUGGUAACUUCUAUGGUUUCCAGGGCCAAAGUAAGCAUGGUGGCUUCCGCCAGGCACAUCAUCCAUCUCAGUACGGUGGUCUUGGGUACCCAAGCUUCUACCAGUCGCAGACCAGUCUGCCACAGGAGCACCCCCAGAGCCCCACUGAGGGAAGCUUGAACAAUCCCUACGGGGUACCAUCCCAGCCUUCACACCAGCUCUGGCAGCACAUAUACUAAACCUUAUGUGCUCUCCUGGGAGAUGCCUCUACGCUGCCAGGCUACCUGCAAGUCUUCUUGGCACGCAGCGCCGUGAAGAGAGCAGACUAGCUAAACCCAACAGCAAUGAAGUGUGUUGUUUUUCUUUCUUUCUUUUUUUCUCCAGCUGUGUGUUCUGGAACUAAAUUAGGCUGUCGUGGUUUUUACUUUAUAGUGAGUGGUGUUGCAGUCUUGCAGAGGUGCUAUCUUGUAACGGUAAAGUCCUAACUCAUCUAACAUAUCUGCUUUUCAUACCCCUGUAAUGUGACAUUUUGUUCUUGAUGCCUAGAAGCUUCUACGUGUUGUAGCUACUUUAGUAAGGGUGAUAAGAAUGUUCAUCUUCUGCCUA